UUCACAUAUUCUCAAACUGGUCUCGACGAUCAGCUCCAAUGGUUCGUCAACUUCUCAAAGGAGGCCUUCCCCAAUGAAUCAGCCCGCAAGGCCAACUACGGGUCGGCCCUCUUCGUGCUCGGGGGUGGAGGGAACGACUACGGUGGUUUUAAGAAAACACCCGAGGAGAGGAUGACGAUCAUCCCCGACGUGAUUGCGGCUCUCAAAGACGGAAUCAAGACCGUGAUACGCCAUGGGGCCAGGAGGAUAGUGGCCAUGGGGUUAUACCAAGGAGGAUGCUUUCCGGGGUUCAACGAGACGUGGCUGAAACACGAUCAAGGUCUGAUCGUCUGCGACAAAGAGUGGAAUUCCCACCUCGACCUC